UAUUUAAUAUUUAAUAUUUAAUAUUUAAUAUAAUAUCAUCAGUUUUAAUAUAAGUAUUAAAUAGAUAAUAAAAACAUUUCACAAGACUUAAAUGCUUGAAACAAUUGUGUUUUCGCAAAAUGCAAAAUAUGUAUUGCUAUAAACGUUCAGUGUUAAAUCAAUGUGUAUUAAUAUUUGAAGCAAACAACCAUGAUUUAAUGAAUAGUCGAUACUUACACAACUGUUAACCAAGAAAUUGAUACGCAGACACUACAAACGUGAAAAUUAAAACAAAACAAAUUCUAUUGAGCAUUAAUGAUUACUUCAAAGAUAUUGGACAAUAAAAUGGAUGUAUUUGCAAAGUUAAGAAAUACUGUUAGUAAUACGAUUUCUAACACUGUACAAAACACUGCUUAUGGUUUAUCACAAUUGUCAAAUGUUCUCCCGGGGAACCCGGUUACUAGAGAGUUUGAAAUAAAUGCGCAUAUUGCAAGUGCAGGGCCAGCAUUGCUCUGGAGAGUUUAUAGUGGUUAUAAAAAAUCUACAAAACAAGAAGCAGCAAUUUUCGUAUUUGAGAAACGUGUUCUCGACAAAUUUUCAAAAAACGACAAGGAAUUAAUCUUGGAAACUCUGAAAAGAGGAGUUGCGCAGUUAACAAAAUUGCGCCAUCCACAAAUUUUAACAGUGCAGCAUCCUUUGGAAGAAUCAAGAGACAGUUUAGCAUUUGCAACUGAACCUGUCUUAGCUAGUUUGGCCAAUGUUCUAGGGAAUCAUGAUAAUUUACCUCAGCCAUUACCAAAUAAUUUGAAAGAUUAUAAAUUACAUGAUGUAGAAGUUAAAUAUGGACUUCUACAACUUGGUGAGGGCUUGGCAUUUUUACAUGGGGAUGUUAAACUACUGCACAGAAACUUAUGUCCAGAAUCUAUCGUUGUUAAUAGUCAAGGAGCAUGGAAAAUUUUUGGAUUUGAUUUUUGUGCUUUGAAUCAAAGUGUAGAAGGCAAACAACCACAGUGGUCAUAUAUGGAAUAUGAUAUGUCGAUUUCCUUUGUGGCCCAACCUAACUUGAAUUAUCAAGCUCCAGAGUGCAUUUUAGCAAGUAGCGUUGGUACAGCAAGUGAUAUUUUUUCUUUAGGAAUGUUAGCAUAUAUUUUACAUUCUCCGAUGAAUGUACCUCUUUAUGACUGUAAAAAUGAUUUGUUGAAAUGUAAACAAUUCUUGGAACGUUUCACAAAUUCAACUAUUGCCUCUAAGCUUCUGCCAGUUCCAGAUAACCUUAGAGAUACAGUUAAACUGAUGUUGAAUCAUAAUCCUGAAUUAAGGCCAGAUGCCCAUCAAUUUGUAAAAAUAGAAUAUUUUAUGGAUAUUGGUGUUAAAACACUAAACUAUUUAGAUAAAAUUUUUCAAUGGGACAAUUUACAAAAAUCACAGUUUUAUAAGGGAUUACCACAACUUUUGAAGCAACUACCACACAGAGUUGUACUGCAUAGAGUUCUUCCGGCUUUAUAUAAAGAGUUAAUUAACCCUCCAAUGAUUCCUUUUGUUUUGCCAAGUAUUAUAUAUGCAAUGGACACAAGCACUAUAGAAGAAUUUAGAGAAUAUAUUUUACCAAAUAUUAAACAUAUUUUGACAUUGAGUGAACCACCACAAAUUAGUCUUGUUUUAAUGCAACACGUUGAUUUAUUAUUAAAAUUAUGUACUGCAGAAGUGAUAAAAACAGAUAUAGUUCCAAUGUUACUACAUGCUUUAGAAUCUGAAUGGGAACAAUUGCAAGAAUUAUGUUUAUCAGCUCUACCUAAUAUUACAACAUUGAUCGAAGGACCAGUAAUUAAAAAUGCAAUUUUGCCUCGAAUGAAAAGAAUUUGUUUAUCUGAAAAAGGAUCCAGUAAUAAAAGUCUUGGAGUUAGAGUCAAUUGUUUAUUAUGCCUCGCAAAAAUGUUACCUAAUUUUGAUCGAUGGCUUGUCAUUGAUCAAGUGUUGCCAUUUUUACAAGAAAUUCCACAAUCUAGUGAACCUGCAGUUCUCAUGGCCAUUAUAGGUAUUUAUAGAAUGUUACUAAAUCAUAGCAAAGUGGGAAUGAGUAAAGAAAUAAUAGCUACAAAAGUUUUACCGUUUUUAUUACCUUUGUGUAUUGAACAAAAAUUUAGUUUAUCACAGUACGAAGUUCUUACAAACCUGGUAAUGGAAAUGAUCAAUCGGGUAACAUCAGAGCAUAAAGAAGCUUUGAAACAAUUGGAUGCAAUGCGAUGUGAAACUCAACAAUUUAAUUUAGAGCUUUCAGAAAGUAGCAAUGCAUAUAAAAAAAUUGCUUCGCCUACUGAUAACGUAAAUACAAUUCCGACAAUUCCGCCUCCAAAUACAAGUGCAAAUAUGAAUUUGAAAUCGAUACAAAUUGAAAAUGGAUUGACGAUGGAAGAUAAACUUCGAUUAAUUCAGCAACAAGAAGUACAUCAAAGAUUGCAAUCACAGGCACCGUUAAUACCAACAAGUAUUCAACCUAAAAAGCCUGUAGUGAAAGAUUUAACUGAUACUCUGCUGAAAUCUAAUUUAGAUCAGUUAAAUUUAUCUAUGUCAAAUUCAAGAUCUAAUUAUUCUUGGAAACCACCAAGUUCUAGUCAACAGAUGAAUCCACAAGGACAAAAUUUAUAUUUAAAUAACAAAGGAAAUACUUGUAUUAAUAACGUAAUGAUUCCACAAAAUAAUAUUAAUUAUUCAGUGAAUCAAGAAAAAUUCGCAAUUAAUCAGCUAGAAUUUCAGUCAAAUUUAAAUUCUAAUUCAAGUCAAAAAAUAGAAAAGUCACCUUCUUGCGAUGUAAUGGACUUGCUCAGUUAAUGAUUUUUAAUAAUACAAGUUUCAGAAUGUUAAGUAUUAAGUAAUUUACGAAUAACUAAUUUUAUUAACCAAAUAUAUUAUAACAAUACAAUUUCUUUAUUGUAUUUCUAUUGUUCAAUCUUUGUUACAUAACAAAUAAAAUUUUAAGAGUAACUGAAACAAUAUUAUUUUGAUAUUGACUUUCAUGAUAUAUUGAUAUUUUAAUUUAUUUAUAAUACAAAAAAAAUACGAAAAUGAUUACAUUGGAAAGAACUACGAAACUAGAUAUCUUUAGCACAGGUUGUAUUUAAACAAUGAAAGCAAUGUAAUUAAAAGAAUGGUAGCAUUAGAAAAAUUCUAUUACUUAUAUGCAAAAAAUUUAACAUAAACAAGAUAUUGCAUAAAAGGUGAAAGGCAUAUAAAAAAUUAAACCUUUUUUUAUAUUAAAGUUCGAAUUAUUGCAAAUUAAUAUACACAUGCUUAUAACAUCAUCUUUUGUAAGUAACCUAUAAUAUAAAGUUUGUUUAUAAAAAUAUCUGCACAUAUUUUCUUUCUUUGCUCUACUUUUCAAUAUAUAUUUGUUUAAAACAAUACAUGUUCUCCUUUUUUGUUAUUAGAUUGUAUCAUAUCAAAUUAUUAGUUAUUUUAAUGAAAUUUUAAAUUGUAAAUUGGUAUCAUUUCAUUAGACUAAAAUUAUUAUAAUUAUGUUAGAGUGUGUAUGUUAUGAAAUUAUGAAACCAAUAAUUCGAUCUAGUACAAUCUAUUAUAAAUGCGAUGAUGUUUUACAUAAUGUUUAAGAUCUUUAACUACUUAAAUAUAUAUGUACAAAUUAUUAAUUUUAAAAAUCAUUUAUAUAGUGUCCAUUUAGAAGAUAAUGAUAUAAAAAACAUAUCAGUGUUCUCUCUUCCAAAUCUAGAAAUCUGUAAUUCAAGAGCUGCAUUUAACAACAAUGAUAAUGUGAACUUAUAUUAACAUUAAAAACCGGAAAGGUGUUUACUAAACAAAGUAUGAAA